CUGUCCAAUGAGCGGGCACGCACGCCGCUACGUCACGUCGCGCCCCGGCAGUGCCUUCCCCGACACCAGCCUUAAAGGAGCCGCGCCGCGCUGCAGGGAGGCGAUGGCGAGGCCAGGACAUGGCAGGAGACGUGUGUCACCGGAGGAAGAGGAGGAUGAGGAGGACCCAGUGGACGCCAUGGUCUCCAGGACAGGCUGCAUGGCCCAGCACCGGGCGCUGCAGCACUGCAUGGCUGAGCAGCAGGACUGGCGGCACUGCCAGCCCCAGGUCAGGGCGUUCAGAGACUGCAUGGCCCACAGGAAGCAGGACAGGGAGGUACAGAGGGCACCCAGCUCGAGCCACGGCCACCCAGCUCCUACUGGAGAGUGAAAUCCCCCUGGAAGCCUGAUCCCAGACUGGGAAUACCGCCAGGAAUAGGGUGGCUGUGCCAUGUCACCCCCUUUUUUGUGGUGGUUUUUUGGUCCAUUGGGUGGCUGUUAAAUCCACACUGUGCUGUUGGGAGAUUAAAUCCAGUGGUAUCCAUCACCCUGCCUGAAGCA